AUGUCACUCAGCGAGGUGCAUCGUCUACAAGCCCCCGUGGUCACUGUGUUGGGCCGGGACCCGGCUCACCGCGAAUGCGUUCUCAACGGGAAUGCAUUCCAACAGGACGCAAUCAUCUCCUUCAAGGGUUGGCAAUAUGCUGUGUUCUACAGUAGCUGUUCUUCCUCAAAUCUAGAGGAAACUACUCAGCUUGAACCUCUCUUCGUCUGCUUGGCUCGGCGUAAACUACCCAACUCUGAGUGGCAAACGAUAAUUUUCGACGAUUAUCACCAGACCACUGAUGAUGGCCAUAAUACCGUGCAGAUGGGCAUCUGCCCGGGCGAUGGCACCAUUCACUUAUCUUACGACCAUCACUGUGACAUCUUGAGGUAUAGACACUCCAUCAAAGGCAUAGCCAGUGAUCCAGAACGAUCCCGAUGGAGCAAAGACGUCUUCACUCCGACUCUAGAUCACGUUCCCGGCAUUCCCCAACCUCAUAAAAGUUUCGGCUACGUAACCUACCCACGUUUUGGCACCUUGGGCGAUAAUAUGUUCUUCUCCAUAAGGAAUGGCAAAGCCGGUCUUGGUGACGACCUAUUAUACAUAUACCAUGCCGAAACCGGCCUGUACGAGUAUGCUGGGAAACACCUUAAGGGCAUCCAGAAUAACCCAUACGUUCAUGGCAUGGACUACCGUGAUGGUAAGCUACAUCUUACAUGGGUGUAUCGCGGUUUCGUACAUUACGACGGAUGGGACGACCCUCUCGAUACGAAACAUAAGCAACAAGCCGGGCCCAAUGGCGCCGAAAAUAACUAUAGCAUCUGUUAUGCUUACAGCGACGACGGGGGUUAUACAUGGAAGAACGGGCAAGAUAAGACGAUUGCUUCGUUGAGAGAUAGAGGCUCAAUUACACCUGAUUGCUCCGGCCUCGUUGCCUUUGAUAUUCCCAAGGGGCGAGGAUUGACAAACCAAGAGGCUCAGGCAGUCGAUCAGGACGGCGGGGUGCAUGUUCUCAACCGCGACACGAUGGAUGCAGAGAAUCUAUGGAAGCAUUACUAUCGAUGUCCCGAUGGAAGAUGGACUCAGCAUGCCAUUGGGCCGGUACCGAGUCCUCGACGCGGCCGUCUAGCCAUCAGCAAAACUGGUGACCUCUUCCUGAUCCUUCCCAACCCGACCAAUUCAUCUCUUCGUAUUCUCAGGUCACCAAAAGCAAAGGACUACGCUGAGUCAGUAGAGAUCUGGAAUGGUAUUGGCUUCAUAGGCGAGCCGCUCGUGGAUGUCAAAAGGCUCGAGGAGGAAGAUGUUUUGUCCAUCUUUGCCAUUAUUGAGUCGGCGACCUCAUCCGAAGAUCGCCGAGUUGUUGUUCUCGACUUUCAGGUGCAGCACAGUAUGCGGUGA